AUGACCUUCUCGCGUGAUAGUCGUCGAUUGGCGUGCGGCUUCGCCAACGGAAUUGUUCAACAAUGGGACGUCCACCAGAUAGCAUCAGAUAACCUUUGGCAGGGAUGGAUGUCCUCGCCGAGCUCGGUUGAAAGCAUUGCCAUCUCCCUUGAUGGCCUGAAGCUGGCUAUUAGCUCUGAGGACAACGAACUCGGUAUCUGGAGUAUUGAGACCAACGGCUCAGACAUGAUCAUGUACACAUUGCCGAAUGAUGAUCGUACCAACCGCCUCUCAAAGGACGGGUACGAUUUCCGUCUGGGACUUGAGCGCUAA